AUGGAGGCGGAACAACGGGAUUGGUCUUCCCUCCCGGAGGACCUUUUGGACGAGAUCCUGAGGCGGCUCCGGUGGUCGAGCCACCCGAGCUUCGCGUCGACGUGUAGGGCCUGGCGCUCCGCCGUGCCCCCCUUCUACAGGGCGUGGGUCACCCCGGUGCUGCUCAACACCGCCCACGUCGGAACCACCAACCUCAGGUUCUACAGCCCCUACUUCCACAAGAACUUCGAGAUCGACUGCACGCUCGACGCGCCGGGCGCCAAGAUCUGCUGCUCCACCGGCCACCGCCUGACCGUCUGCGUGGACCACCUCAUAAUGGACGCCCAGCUCCACACCGGCCACAUCCACAAGCUGCCGCGGUUCUUUGUCAGACGCUUCCACUUCGUUGUCCGUGACCGCCGCAAGGUGUUGGGCCUCAAGAACACGUUGGGCAUGCUGGAAAUCACCCGCUGCAUCCAACACGGUGACGGCAAGUGGGGGCACCGGGAGUUCUGGGACACCGACAGCUACAGAGGGUUUUUCGCUUCGCCGGUGCGCAACCCGGUCUUCCACCGGGGCUUGCUCUACGUAUUGGGAGAAGAUGGGAGGUUGGCGGUGUACGACGAGCGCUGCCACGACAAGGGAUUUGAAAUCCUCGACAGCCCCAUGAGCUUCGGGGCGGGGCUCGAUUUUGAAAACAGCUAUCUGCUCGACUCUGACCAAGGCGAGCUCAUGGCCAUCCUCGUAGGCCGUCACGGGACGCCUGUCCAUGUCGUCAAGCUCAAUGAGCAGACCAUGGAGUGGGACAAGGUGGAGAGCCUAGAGGGAAGAACCCUCUUCACUGGCACCCUCGCCACGAUGAUCAAGAAGACGGACGUCAAGUGGAUGCACAACAAAGUCUUCCUGCCGAGGCUCUACGAAUGGCCUGAGACAAUACAUGUCAACCUGGUUGAACGAGGUGGCGAAUUCGCCUUUGUGCCCAAGUCUGGAUGUGUAGAUGCCACGGUGAAAGAUGGUGACCAUACCUUUGGCGCCAUGAUGUGCUCGUACGAAUUGGGACAGAAUGAAAAUGCCACGGAGUUUUGGUGGACAGAGAAACUGAAUUAUAGCAUAUGGCUUGAUUUCGAUAGUGCUACCUCCGUACUAGUUUUGUCCUAA